AUGGAACUCAAUGGUGGAUCAGUGGUAGCGAUGAUCGGUAAAGACUGUGUCGCUAUCGCCUCGGAUCUAAGAUUGGGAAAUCAGGCUGUCGGUGUGGCUUCAAAUUUUGACAAGGUAUUCCCUGUGAAUGAUAAACUAUACUAUGGAUUACCAGGUCUUGCUACGGAUGUAUACACAUUGAAAGAACACCUUAGAUUCCGGGUGAAUAUGUAUAGGAUGAAAGAAGAGAGAGAGAUCACCCCUAAGACAUUCACUCACCUCGUCUCAAGUACACUGUACGAAAAGAGAUUCGGUCCAUUCUUCAUCGAACCUGUAGUGGCUGGUCUUCCCACACCAACGGAGCUAGAUCCGCAUCCCAAACCAUUUAUCUCCACUAUGGACACUAUCGGCUGUAUAACAACACCAAAAGAUUUCGCAGUAGCUGGUACAGCGGCAGAUAAGUUGUAUGGUGUAGCUGAAGGAUUGUGGGAACCUGAUCUUGAACCCGAGGAUCUGUUUGAAACCGUCUCUCAGACCUUGUUGAAUGCUGUAGAUCGAGAUGCCCUGAGUGGUUGGGGUGCAGUCGUCCAUAUCAUUACCCAUGACAAGGUGAUCACCCGAACUCUUAGGGCUAGAAUGGAUUAA